AUGGCCUCUGGUGCUCUGGAUGGAUCCCUGCCAGGCGCGGUGCCACAUAUACCACAGUUCGAGAACCAACAACAGCUGUCAAGAGAUCAAGCCAAUGUCGUCAAUAACUGUUGGUCAGAAGGCUCGUAUGAGCUUGGAGUUGAGGCAUUGAACGCAUUCCGGAAAGGAGAUGGCCGUUACCCAUCACCGUCGCAUAUUCGGCAUUUACUGGUCCUCGCGCUCUAUCCUCCGUACAAAGUCACACAGCCCCUAGCAAAGGCCAGAUCACCGAGCAGCCCUUCAUCCAAACCAUCAGCCAAGCCUCGGCUCCUUGCCACGCCGACUCCUCUAUCGCCCCGCAAAGCACAGGCACAAACCGAAAUCCCCACCCAGCGCGGGUCUCAGUUAGCGCUGGAGCUGCUCCUAACCCUGGCCACGACUACCCACCCCGCACAUCUAACAGUAGGCCUGAAUUCGUAUACUCGGCCACCCUGUGACGUAUCAGACUUUGGUUCUAUAAUGGCAACAGGGAAAAUUGAUACUUUCAAAAGUCCAUUGGCUGAAGAGUCGGUCCAGAUCGGUAAGGCCCGGGAUUGCUGGACCAUGGUCCGUGAUGGGUUCCUCUUGCCCAAAGAUGGCACCUCAACUGCUCAAGCGAAAUGGAUCGAGGGGGAUGACAGCGAUCUUAGUGAUGGCGAUGAUAAAACCGACUCUUAUGUUGCAUCUCACGCGUGGAGUGUGGUUGAAUGGUGGAUAAAAUUAUUUGAGAUGGAUCAGGCAAUUAAUAUUGCCGAAGCAACUGUUGCUUCCCAUUCAACACUCCUUCUCUCUCACAUACCACCUGCAUCCCGAUCUGGCACCCCGCAGAAUGAUGUCCAAAAUGUGGUUGGUGUCGCAUUCUCUGCCCUGACGUUUAGCCCAGAGUCAUGCGAAAUAAACAAACUAGGUUUACGGCUAUUGACACUGCUCGUCAAUGCGUCUGCGGCACACGCGAUCUCACCUGGAAGCUUAGUCCGAACAGCUGCAGAUCAGUUACCGGCCCUCUCAAGCCCGGCAUUCAAAACGCUACUCGUUCAUUUCACCGGACCUGUCUACAUGGAACUGAAUUCCGCAUCACGCUUUCCUGCCCAUCUAUAUUACCGCUUUUGCUUCUGCUUAGCCGCUUGUUAUCUUUCCAGGUCAGGAAAUGACGUAUCUGACAUUGGUAUUUUUGGUGGCAUUAAAGACAGCUCUGCCGGCCGCUGGCCAAAGGCUCGGCCAACAGCAAGAGCGCCCGGGAUCACCAACGACCAUACCGCAGAUGUCGGACCAAAGCAGACUCUGGAACCCUAUCCGGCCCCUUCUCUCGAUGCGAUAUUGGCUUUAUUACGAAGUACCCCGAGAUUACAAGGCACCAAACCAGAGUCGUUCUCACAUGCUUUAUCGCACCAUGCACUCGCUCGAUUGGCUGUAAUCUUGAGCUUCGAGAAGCAAUGUGCGGACCAGAUUGACAGUCCUUGGAUCCCCGGUGGCGAUCUACAUAUUUGGAGGGCUGGUAUAGCAGAGAGCGUAAGGCUUGGAUUCGAGGCGGAUACUCAAGCAGGCGCGGCAACUAUGGUGGGUGGAAAAAUGUGGGAGGAAACACGGGAGUUUUGUGAAAUGUUGUUCCUUCGAUGGAUGUAA